CUGCCACUCUGCAAUUUGUUUCUAAGAAUUGCUUGAAGACUUGUCAAAUGACGUCAAUGGCCAGCCUGUUCUCUUUUACUAGCCCAGCUGUAAAGCGUCUGUUGGGCUGGAAGCAAGGAGAUGAAGAAGAAAAAUGGGCAGAAAAAGCAGUUGAUGCCUUGGUUAAAAAACUGAAAAAGAAAAAAGGAGCAAUGGAAGAGCUAGAGAAAGCACUGAGCAGUCCCGGACAACCCAGUAAAUGUGUUACUAUACCUCGCUCAUUAGAUGGACGACUUCAAGUUUCCCAUCGCAAAGGUCUCCCCCAUGUUAUUUAUUGCCGUGUGUGGCGUUGGCCUGAUCUGCAGAGUCAUCAUGAGCUGAAGCCACUGGACAUUUGUGAAUUCCCUUUUGGAUCCAAGCAGAAGGAAGUCUGUAUCAAUCCUUAUCAUUAUAAAAGGGUGGAGAGCCCAGUUCUACCUCCGGUUUUAGUGCCAAGACAUAGUGAAUUCAACCCACAGCAUAGCCUUCUGGUUCAGUUCAGAAAUCUAAGCCACAAUGAACCACACAUGCCGCAGAAUGCCACAUUUCCAGAUUCGUUCCAGCAGCCCAACAACACUCCUUUCCCCAUUUCUCCAAACAGUCCUUAUCCGCCUUCUCCAGCCAGUAGUACUUAUCCAAAUUCUCCAGCUAGUUCUGGGCCAUCUAGCCCAUUUCAGCUACCAGCAGACACACCACCACCUGCAUAUAUGCCCCCUGAAGAUCAGAUGGGACAAGAUAAUUCACAGUCUAUGGACACAAGCAGUAGUAUGAUUCCUCAGAUAAUGCCAAAUAUUUCCAGCAGAGAUGUUCACGCAGUUGCCUAUGAAGAACCCAAGCACUGGUGUUCAAUUGUGUAUUAUGAAUUGAACAAUCGAGUUGGGGAGGCUUUUCAUGCCUCUUCCACUAGUAUCUUAGUAGAUGGAUUUACAGAUCCUUCCAACAACAAAAAUAGAUUCUGCUUAGGUUUACUUUCUAAUGUUAAUCGCAACUCAACAAUUGAGAACACCCGGAGACAUAUUGGAAAAGGUGUCCAUCUCUACUAUGUUGGUGGGGAAGUCUAUGCUGAGUGCCUAAGUGACAGCAGUAUAUUUGUACAGAGCAGGAACUGCAACUACCAUCAUGGAUUUCACCCUACAACUGUGUGCAAGAUUCCUAGUGGCUGUAGCCUAAAAAUUUUUAACAAUCAGGAAUUUGCUCAGCUGUUAGCUCAGUCGGUGAAUCAUGGAUUUGAGGCUGUGUAUGAACUUACCAAAAUGUGCACAAUUCGAAUGAGUUUUGUAAAAGGAUGGGGAGCAGAAUAUCACCGGCAAGAUGUUACCAGCACCCCAUGCUGGAUAGAAAUUCAUCUUCAUGGGCCUCUACAGUGGCUGGAUAAAGUACUUACACAGAUGGGUUCUCCUCUAAAUCCAAUCUCUUCCGUUUCAUAGUACUCUUCACCCAUAACCAUAGAGACCAUUUUCUAAUUCUACAGACUCUUCCAGCAUGGAUAGUGUGAAAAUGGAUGUCCUGUGUUAGCUUCUCCCAUCUGUGGCCAAUU